AUGGACCCAGUACCGGCACUCGGCGGGGAGAUUUCGUCGUUGAAGAAUUCGGUGAGUGAAGUGGAUGUCGUCAAUAUGGCUUCCUCCACGGACGUGGAAGAGACGAUCACGACGGAGACAACGGUCGCGGUGGAGAAAGAAGUGUCUCAGUCGGAGUACGAGACAGACAGUGAUGGCUCGGAAGAAGAGUGGGAGACCCAGUCUCUACACGAAGACACUAUUCAAGUUCUUCGCGAUGAGCAACUGCGCGAUGGAGUCCCCGAUGCCUGCACCUUGGAUGAAGCUAUCGCUUUCCGGAACCGGCUUCAUGAGAUUGGCAAGGCCGCAUUUGUGGGAGAAACAAUUGGUCAGGAUACUGUGACCGCAAAGAAGUUGUGCACAGCAUUCGGCAUCUUGCCCCCAGAUUUCCUUGACGGUGCGCCGGAUGAAGCCUACCAUCCUCUUCUAGCCAUCGCUAUCUCGCGGGAAUUCUCUAGGCGCCAAAAGCUCCCCCAGUACAACACGAUCGAGGAUGCUGUCAGACUGCUCCAAGAAUCCCAGAAUAUCAUCGUGUUAACGGGUGCUGGCAUCUCUACAAGUCUCGGAAUUCCGGACUUCCGAUCCAAAGACACCGGGCUUUAUUCGCAGUUGGAGCAUUUGGGUCUGAGUGACCCUCAGGAAGUUUUUGAUAUUCAGGUCUUCCGCGAAGAUCCCAGCAUUUUCUUCUCUAUCGCAAAGGAUAUCUUACCUACCGAGAAGAAAUACUCGCCGACGCAUAAAUUCAUUCGGCUGCUGCAGGACAAAGGGAAACUUCUGACAAACUAUACGCAGAAUAUCGACAAUAUUGAAGCCAAUGCAGGUGUGCUUCCUGAGAAGAUUGUACAAUGCCACGGGUCAUUUGCAACGGCUACGUGCGUCAAAUGCAAGUAUCAGGUCCAGGGAAGUGAGAUUUUUGAGGAUAUUCAAAAGGGAGUCAUUCCUGAGUGCUCAUCCUGUCGAAAGAUUAUCAACGAGGAUUCGUUAAAAGCGCAGGGGAUGAAGCGCAAACGCAGCACCAACGGAACCCAAAAAAGUCGCAAUAAUGAUGGCGAGGAUAGCUCGGACGAAGAAGAGUAUGAAAUUCCCACACCGGGGGUUAUGAAGCCUGAUAUUACCUUCUUCGGGGAGGACCUUCCAGAUGAGUUUGGUCGUCGCCUGGUUCACCAUGACCGUGACCGGGUGGAUCUUGUCAUUGUCAUUGGCACAUCGUUGAAAGUGGCACCUGUGGCGGAAGUUCCGGGCGUGCUCCCUCGCAAUGUGCCUCAGAUCUACAUCUCUCGUACAGUAAGUUGGCAUAUCUUCAAGCAAGUGCCGAAGCUGACCACCAUCCAGCCUGUAUCACAUACUAGGUUUGAUAUUGAUCUGUUGGGCGACUGCGACGUAGUGGUGUCUGAGCUCGCUCGCCGCGCUGGAUGGGAGCUGAAGCACAAAAUGAUCCCCGAAGGCGAGAAGGUUGAGAUUACUCCAGCGGAAGGAUAUGAAUCACGACAUGUGUUUAAGAUUGUUGGCGCAUAG